AUGUCGUCUGUGUUCCAGUCCUUCACAGCGGAUGAGGUGGAAAGCAUCAAAUCCGUCUUCAUGAUUGGGCAGCAGAGCAAUGAUAUGUUACUUAAAAACUGCAGCAGGCGUCCGCUUGCCGAAAUUCGAGCUUUUAUCAAAAGAUUUAAAAAGUAUCUAACUGAUGGAACGACAAGUUCUGAAGAAAUUGCAAAAAUGGCAAAUCAGCAAUAUGUAGCGAUUAUAACGAUGGCAAGAGCUAAGCGAAAUAUUCAUCAGCAAACGAUGUCAUCAGCACAUUCCAUGACAAACUUAUCAUUACCAUUUACCAACCCUCAAGACUCACUCCCACUCAAAUUUAGAACAAAAUUCAGUCGCUUAGAUGCAGAUAAAGAAACUCCUCCGCAAAAACCAUUAUUAACAACACGUUCAAGGUCUGUAGCUAAUGGCUUAGGAUCUGAAUUACUUCCAAACAAGACACGUAUCGAUGUUAUUCCACCAAUAGAUAUUAAUUUUCCCCACGCGUGCAGAUCUCCUGAUGAAAUUAUCCCAGGAGAUUUGGCUGCCGUCCUCAAAUCUAAAUCAGGUCCAACCAUCAUUUGUAGGGUUAUUGCUUUAAAGGAAUUCGAUAGUAAGCCUCACGCAUUAGUCGCCUUCUUUUUACAAGAUUUUAAGCCAUGCUGGGUUCCUCUUCACCAUCUUGUUAUGCUAAAGCAUGAAGCUGAUACAGACCUCGAAAAGAAAGAGGAGGACUUGACAGUUGAUACGAUUUUAAAGAAAAUCAUGGUUCGUGCUCAAUCAAUCGUUUUAGCAAACAACGAUUUCGAUGAGCCCGAAGCAGGAAACAUUACACAACAGCAGCAAUCUAAGAAUAUCCUAUUCCAGGCUCUCGCUUGCGCUGCUCAGCUCCAAUUAAUAAGUUUUGGCGCAACUUGGGAAAUUCCUGAUGAAAAGUUCCAGAAAAUCAUGCGUGAAGUUAACAAGCUUAGCCAGCCGAGGUUUAAAUCAACGUCAGAAGUUAACGCUCGAUGCAUGGAAUUAAUUGAAAAAAUUUUAGCUUAUAUCCAUUAG